AUGAAUGGGUUGUUAGCAGGCUUCUGCGGAGGUCCGCAACCUCGGUAUCAUCUUCAACCCCACCCUGUCUUUCUUUCUUUCUUACCCCACGCCAAUCACAUCACCAAAACUGCCUUCUUUCACCUCAAGAACAUUGCAUGCCUCCGGCCCUCCCUGUCCUUUGCCACCACCCAAAUUCUAAUCCAUGCCCUCAUAACCUCCAGACUUGACUACUGCAACAGCAUCCUCUAUGGCUCUCCCAACAUAGUCCUCAAUAAACUUCAAAAUGUUCAGAACUCCGCCGCUCGACUGCUCACCUCCACCCGCCGCUAUGAACAUAUCACCCCGAUCCUACGCAACCUCCACUGGCUCCCAGUCAAAUACAGGAUAGACUUUAAAAUAUUACUUACCACCUACAAAGCCCUAAACAACCUGGCCCCUCCCUACCUUUCAGACCUCCUCCCCCUCCACGCCCCAACCCGUUGCCUCAGGUCCGCCGGCGCAAACACUCUAAAGACCAUCAGGGCUAAGCAUCGGACCUGGGGUGACAGGGCCUUCUCAGUUGCUGCACCCUUCCUCUGGAAUGCCCUCCCCAUCCACAUCCAUCAGGCUCCCACCAUAGCAUCAUUCAAACAAACCCUCUAA